AUGCAGAGCGCGGCUCAAGAGCUGCGCACACCCCCGCUGCCGCUGGUGGCGCUGGUCGGCCAUCCGGAGGUGCAUCGGGAGCUGGGCGUCUGGGCGUCCCAAGUGCUGCGCCCGCCGCUUGUCGCCAUCGCAGUAGCCGAGGCAAACGACACCGUCUUGGCACGCCUGUUUGGCGCGAAGAAGGAACCCAAGCCCUUUGCCGCGCCAGAUGGCAUACUGAAGGCGGACUGGUUCCUGAAGCAGCGGCAGCGGCGCGCGGCGGUCGCGCUGGCGUUCGUCGACCGUCGACAACCUGUAGCACGGCAGCAGGCGCGGCAGCGGCGAGCUCAGCAACAGCAGCAGCAGCAGCAGCAGCAGCAGCAGCAGCACCAGCAGCAGCAGCUGGGGCAGCUAAAGCGGCGCUGCAGCAGGAGCAGCACCAGCAGCAGGAGCAGCACCAGGAGCAGCCAGGGAGCAGGCUGGGCAGGCGUAAACGGCCACCUCGCACUCCCUUUGUCCGAGGUGGAUGGGGACCCGACCAGCUGGAUGCGCAUGCUGGCGCGCCUCAAGGCCGUGCGCGAGGCCAGCAGCCACCGCGGCGCGGGCAUGAUCGUGGCGGUGCUGCACGAAGGCGCGGGGCCGCCGCCGCCGCUGCCGCCCGACCGCAUCACGGGGCUGUGCAACAACCUCGGGCUGGAGCCAAAGGCGCUCUACCCCCUCAGUCGCGGUGUCCUGGCCACCCCAGACCGGCGUCAGCUGGAGCAGGCGCUUGCCCCCUUAGGCCGCCUGCUGCUGGAGGCCGCCGCCACCUACUACUCGCUGCAGGCCACCAGGAUACGCCAGCGCAGGAUAGACCUGACCGCCGCCCUCGGCUCCUGCCCGCCCGAGGCCGGCGUCGCUUCGGCGUUCAAGCUGGCCGUGAUGUCUGAGUUCCGCCAAGACUGGGUGGGGGCGGUCAGCCAGUACCAGACCGCGUACUCCGCACUCAAGGGCGUGCCGCUGGGCCGACCCCAGCCCAGCGUCCAGCGGCACACAGAGGUGACGCGCUGUGCGGAGGUGAUCCACUUCAAGGCCAUGAUGCUGCUGCUGCACCAGGGCCGCGCGGCGGAGGCCCUUGCUCAAUUCAGGGACCACCUGGAGACGUUCGGCCCGCUGCCACCCAGCUUCUCGCCGGCUGCCGCCGCGUCGCACUACGGCUGGCUUGCCCGGCAGUACCAGACCGCGAGCGAGAUGGUGGCGGGCCGCGUCGACGAGGCGACGCUGCGCGCGCACCCGGACUGCAGUCCGCGGCUGCUGCAGAUGGCCGCCGCGCAGCUCGCGGUGCGGCGAAAAGCAGCGGCGGCGGCCGCGGCGGCGGCGCGGCUGGGGGCGGGGCGGGCGGCGGGGGUUGACCCGGGGGCCGUGAAGAAGGGGCCCUUCCUCGGACAAAUGGUGCUGCGGUUGGACGGCGGCACUGGGCAGAGGGACUUGUCAGACGCGGAGUUUGCAGAGUGGCUGGAGGCGGAGGAGGGCCGCGUCCCGCACGACCAGGCGGCGCUGGACGCGCUGACGUCAUGCAUGGCGGCGCUGCAGGACGGCCGCCACGAGCGCGGGCGCGCGCAGCUGGCGGCGAUGGCGGCGCACCAGCACCUGGAGCUGUCAAACCUGACAGCUGCGCGGCGGCUGCUCAUACAG